GGCUCGCACCCUCCCCCUCCCCGGCCCUGUCGGCUGAGGCUCGCCUUCCUCCCCGCCCCGAGGUCGGGGCUGCCGCUGUGGGAGCGUCCCGCAUCGCUCCGGCCCACCUCCCUAACCCUCCCUAACCCCACAGGCGUGGAGCUCGAAGCCGUCAGCAGCGUUGGGCACUUCUGAGCUCCGGAGGGUGAGGGCCUGCGGGUUUCCUCCAGCUGGGGAGGUCGGAGAGCAGAGGCGGAGGCCGUUUCAGGCCUGAGGCCCUGCUGGCCCGGUCGGCUGAGACGCGCCCAUCAUUCGCCAUCCGGGCCGCGCGCGGCCCUCUUGGGACCUCACCGGCGACCCGUAGCUCGGGCACGCGCUUGUCGCAGCCCGCAGGAAGGAGGGGUCCUGCCUGAGGCCCGGGACAGCGGCCGCCAUGGAGGUCCCCUCGGCCCAGGGCCCGCGCCUGGGGCCUUGGGGGCGACCCUGACCGCCCUCCUCCCUGCCGGCGCUGGGUCGCGGACGUGCUGCGGGCGGCAGUCGGUCAUCUCUGCCUCUCCGCCCUCCCCGGGCCGCGCAGCUGCUUGGGCGCGGCGGCGACGGCGCCCUGUUGAAUGGGCUGCGAGGGCCCAGGUUUGAAGCGCUGGCGGACGCGGCCUCCGGGGGCGCAAGGCAGCAGCAGCGGUGGCGACCAAACGGGUGUUGGAGUUGGCGGCGGCCAUGGAGGGCCUGGCUGGCUAUGUAUACAAGGCGGCCAGCGAGGGCAAGGUGCUGACCCUGGCCGCCUUGCUUCUCAACCGGUCUGAAAGCGACAUCCGCUAUCUGCUUGGCUAUGUCAGUCAGCAGGGAGGGCAGCGCUCCACGCCCCUCAUCAUCGCAGCCCGCAAUGGCCACGCCAAGGUGGUGCGCUUGCUGUUAGAACAUUACCGGGUGCAGACGCAGCAGACUGGCACCGUCCGCUUCGACGGGUAUGUCAUUGAUGGUGCCACCGCUCUUUGGUGUGCAGCAGGAGCAGGACAUUUUGAAGUUGUUAAACUUCUAGUCAGCCAUGGAGCCAACGUGAACCAUACGACAGUGACUAACUCGACCCCCCUGCGGGCAGCAUGCUUUGAUGGCCGACUGGACAUUGUGAAAUACUUGGUUGAAAAUAAUGCCAACAUCAGCAUUGCCAACAAGUAUGACAACACCUGCCUAAUGAUUGCAGCAUAUAAGGGGCACACUGACGUGGUCAGAUACCUUUUAGAACAACGUGCUGAUCCCAAUGCUAAAGCACACUGUGGAGCCACAGCACUGCACUUUGCGGCUGAAGCUGGGCACAUAGACAUUGUGAAAGAGCUGAUAAAAUGGCGUGCUGCUAUAGUCGUGAACGGCCAUGGCAUGACGCCGUUAAAAGUAGCUGCUGAAAGCUGUAAAGCCGAUGUCGUGGAGCUGUUGCUCUCACAUGCCGAUUGUGACCGAAGGAGUCGCAUUGAGGCUUUGGAACUCUUGGGCGCCUCCUUUGCAAAUGACCGUGAGAACUAUGACAUCAUGAAGACAUACCACUACUUAUACUUAGCCAUGUUGGAGAGGUUUCAAGAUGGUGAUAACAUUCUUGAGAAAGAGGUUCUCCCACCAAUCCAUGCGUAUGGGAAUAGAACUGAAUGUAGAAAUCCUCAGGAACUGGAAUCCAUUCGGCAAGACAGAGAUGCUCUUCAUAUGGAAGGCCUUAUAGUUCGGGAACGGAUUUUAGGUGCCGACAAUAUUGAUGUUUCCCAUCCCAUCAUUUACAGGGGAGCUGUGUAUGCAGAUAACAUGGAAUUUGAACAGUGUAUCAAGUUGUGGCUUCACGCCCUGCACCUCAGACAGAAAGGUAACAGGAAUACCCACAAGGAUCUUCUUCGAUUUGCUCAAGUUUUCUCACAGAUGAUACAUCUGAAUGAAACUGUGAAGGCCCCAGACAUAGAAUGUGUUUUGAGAUGCAGUGUUUUGGAAAUAGAACAGAGUAUGAACAGAGUAAGAAGUAUUUCAGAUGCUGAUGUCCACAGUGCUAUGGACAAUUAUGAAUGUAACCUCUAUACCUUUUUGUAUUUAGUGUGCAUCUCCACCAAAACACAGUGCAGUGAAGAAGACCAGUGCAAAAUUAACAAGCAGAUCUACAACCUGAUUCACCUUGAUCCCAGAACUCGGGAAGGUUUCACCUUGCUGCAUCUAGCUGUCAACUCAAAUACUCCAGUUGAUGAUUUCCACACCAACGAUGUCUGUAGCUUUCCAAAUGCCCUUGUCACCAAGCUCCUGCUGGACUGUGGUGCCGAGGUGAACGCCGUGGACAAUGAGGGGAACAGUGCCCUUCACAUCAUCGUUCAGUACAACAGGCCCAUCAGUGAUUUUUUGACCUUGCACUCGAUCAUCAUUAGCCUAGUUGAAGCUGGCGCUCACACUGACAUGACAAACAAACAGAAUAAGACGCCGCUAGACAAAAGUACAACUGGGGUAUCUGAAAUACUACUUAAAACUCAAAUGAAGAUGAGUCUCAAGUGCCUGGCUGCCCGAGCAGUUCGGGCUAAUGACAUUAACUACCAAGACCAGAUCCCCAGAACUCUUGAAGAGUUUGUGGGAUUUCAUUAAGUGACUGGAUAUGUAAAAUCAUUUAAUGUGGUGCUACAAAGUAAAGAACUUUAAUCACAGACAAUAGAAUUAUGUGUUCGUAAAUUCUACUUUUCUUUCCAUUGCCCUUUCUUCCUAUCCAUCCUUAGUUCUGUAUUUGGUCUUCUUGCCUCAUACAGUAAUUGAUUUCAAAUACACUUUAAACAAAGCCACACUGUUUAGGUGUAACUAAUCUAAGGUAUUUGAAUAUUUGGUCACUUAACUAUUUUUCUUUUUAAGGAAUGAAUAUGAAAUAUUUUGUUUAUGUAACAAGGAACAUUUAUGAUUUGAAGUUGAUACUGUUCGAAAAAACUGCCUACAAAAGUAUUUCUGUUAAGCCUUUGUCAGCGUGUUAUCCUUGCAGCAGUUUUGAGGAUUUCAUGAAGGGAAACAACUAAAAAAGAACAUUAAAAGUAAUGGGAUACCCAGGUGUUCUGCACAUGCGAAACUGUUGUAGGUAGUUUUCACUCUUCCAUUAUUUAUGUGGAGUGAUACAACACAUUAUAACAUCAGGAGGAUUAAAAAAAAUAUAGCUGUGGAUUAAUCUGAAAAAUAUGCUAUUUAAUAAUAGUUACAAAUUUCUAAAGUUAAAUCCAAAUUGUUGCAUUAUUGCUGGGUGGUAUAUACAAAGUAGUAAUCUUAAAGCAACUUUUCAAAGAAUAUCAAUGGACUGUUUGCCUUUAGGCUUUGAAUUCUAAAAUUCUUUGAAGUCUCCGUUUUAAUGUAAUUUAUCUAAAUUACAGCAGUCUGCAUUUGACUGAGCUCACAGACAUGUACAAAUUAUGAAUGAUGUGUUUUCUUAUGAAACAAAUUGUCACAUAUUGUUACACAUUUUAUUUUUGUUUCUUUCUCCCUUUCCUCUUAUGUGGUAUCUUUUAAAAUUUGGAAACUACUCUUCCAGAGGGCAUUAUUUGUACUUCCUUAAUAUGGUGUGUAUGACAGAUGAAAAGGAACUAGGAUAUUUUUAAUUUUUUCAUUUUUUUUACUUAGUCUUUGAUGAGAAGUAGAAAAAAUCAGUAGUGUGGUAUAGGAAAUGUUUUUGAUGAUGAAAAUGAUUUGCAAUGCCACUUUAAAAGGUAUUUCUGUCUGAGAGCUGCAAACUUUCCGUCACAAAAUGUCACUUAUUUCAACAGGAUAGACGUGUUUUUAUGUUUCUUUUGUUUUAAGGCAACAUUUUAAGUGUCAGACUAAGAGAGUAUUCUGUGAUUAUCUAUUAAGCAUCACAGAAAUUCAAGUAAAGGGUACAUCUAUUUUUAUUGAUAUUAAAAAUGAUAAAGUAAAAUUAGCUAUAUCUGUAUUUUUCUCUCGUGCCAAAUGAAUGCCUUAGCUACUCAUAGUGCAUGGUACUGUAAGUAAAGAUCUACAGCUUUUUUUUCUUUAAUGAAAAACAUUAUAAUGAUGUAGCAACAUCAGUUAGAACUUAAAAAAAACCUGUAAGGUUUCAAUUAACAUUUUAUCUAUCGAUAUUGCUUUGUGAAGUAUAAGGGAAAGGUUGCAGUUGGAUCAGUAUAAAACGUAGCGACCAAGCCAAAAUCAGCACCUAGGGCCUUAAAUAAAAUAGAGAUACCCCACAAAAUGAAAUACUUUGAAGGGAGGGAUUGGAAGGGGGAAAUUUAAAAACUUGCCCCUCAUGAAUGCAAGAUACUUUUACAGCUACUGUAGUUAUACUUCGUUUGUCUUCUUGCUUCAGUUAGGAAUGUUUGAUAGUACAUGUCAUGGUAAUAUAUUUCUGUUUUUCUAACCUGAGAUUUUUACAAGGAAGGUUUUUAGGAUGUUUAAAGGGAGGUAUUUAAAUGAGCCCUAAUUUGAGAAUUACUGGCCUUGAUCCUCCUGGUGUAAAUCAAGGAAAUACUGUACCUAGCUCUUGGCAACUCUCAUGGACUGAAAGAGAAAAUGCAUCCUCAAGGUGAGUGAAUCACGCCUUUCCACAACUCAGAUCGGACCCUGUAUUUUUCAGACUUCAAGGCCUGCUUAUUUGACAGUUUGAGGAAUGGCUAUGAUACUUGGUAUUCAGUUGGUUUCAUUAUUAAUGUAUAUGAUUUUUAAAUACCAAAACUUAAAAUUAUCAGCUAAUGUUGCAUGUUUUAAAAACCGUUUCAUCCCUUGGCUACCCAGGACCAGCACUAUUUUACAUAUUGCUUCUUUAUAAAAUGAGGAUAAUGAUUAUAUGUACAUAUUUAGACAUCAAAAUUAAUGACCCUCCCUUUUGAGAAGGGAGGACUGAAUAUUGGAGAAAGUAAAACUGCUGAUUGAAAUACUGACAAAGUGGGAGAGAUAAUUUGAAGACAGUGGAAUAAACUAUGGACUCUGCUAAUGGUAACUGAGAUUUUUUUUUUUUCAUUGUAGCAUCAUAGCACAUGUGCACUAUAUUGCUAAGGAUCUAAUUCUGUCUUGUAAAAUAAAUCCAAAUAUAUAUUGUGAAACACCUGUAUAAAACCAUUAUUGAAACAAGUAAUCUACAUGCCUGUUUUUUAUUUGUUUUUGAUAGAAUUAUUUUAAAAUAUGUUUAGCCAAACCCUUCCCAAGCUUAAAUUUUUUUUUUUUAAGGAAAUAAAUAGGUAAGAAAGAUGAUAGUUUUGUAUCUCAGCUCUCUGAGAACUCUAGGCUGUCUCCAUUUUCCAGCCACUUUUGUCAUUUUAUGUUUCUUCUUGGUAGGAUUAAGCUUUGGAUUGUAAGUCUUCCUUGGUAACAUUACAAAUUCAAUCAAAACUUCUUUGUCUUGCUCAAUAAAAUAAUUGUCAUAUAAAUUUGGCUGAACUAGAAGCCCAGGUGGAUGAAUACCUGAGCAAACCAUGUGAAACUUAGCUUGGUUUUGUGCUUUUUGUAGAGUUGGUGAAAUUGAAUUCCUGAUUUUAGGUAACUAUUUCACUCAAGGAACAGGCAGCAAAUCCAUCCCCCCAUUAUAAAGAAGGGGGACAUUUUUGACAUAAGAACUCUGACACAACAUCGUUUUUUUUUUCAGUCUACCCUGGAUUGCUCUGGUAGGCCACAGCCUAGUGGCCUUAAGGUUCUUUGCUGUGGGCACUUCCAAUCGACAAACAAGCCUUGGUCUUGCUUCUUUCUGGGAAGGGUUUUAUUUCAUGAUACUAAUCAUUGAUUAAUAAGUGGUAAUUAUGAGAAACGUAGGGGUGAUAGCACUGUGUGAAAUACAUGAUUUGGGGGAAGGAGCUUCCUGAGUAUCAACUCUGCAUUUGGCAAGUGUUUUUGCAAAUGAAAAUCCCAAGGGAACAACAAACACCCUGUCACCGGUCUCCACUGCAGUUGAGGCAGCUCCUUUAUGAAUAAGAUCAUGUUGGAUUAUUCAAGCAGAAACUUCUUUCUUUCUUUCUUUUUUUUUUUUUUUGGAAUGGGGCAGGGUGAGGAGUGAGUUGCUGGACCUUGGAUUACAGUUUGCUGGUUUUAGAAGCCGUCAGUGACUGAACUAGUGAGUAGAUGGAUAAAAGUAUAAAGGACUUGUUUUUAUGGUAGAUUUUCUGUAAAAAUCUUAAAUGUUCCUUUUCAGGCAAGCCAGAUGUAUCAAUGUACAGAUGAUAUUCUGUUUUCCUCAUUGACUAUAACAUUAAAAUGGUUUAAAGAAAUCUAAACUCUGCCUUUUGCUCUAUGAAAAGUUACUAGUUCAUAAGAUUUUAAGCUGUGUGUUCAUUCCUACUGUGAAAAUGCACAGGUCUGCUCUGCAUAUCCUCUGGAAAGUAGAAAGUUCCUAAUUAUGUAUGGCACAUGGUGGGGCUUUCUCAUACAUCUCUGGCAGACUUGCCCAAAUCUUCAGUUGGGCUGAGUUGUAUAGCAUUCCCCUCCCCCAAAUGGGAUCUGAAAUAAAUAUUACAUUGAUAGUGGUGAUAGAUACAUUAAUUUUUAAAACUAUAAAGUAAAUGUCUCUAGUCCUAGGUUCGUGGUGUGUUCAUUUGUGUUAAUGUGUAGGGAAGUGACAUUGAUUUGAUGGUUAUGGGGAGUAUAUCUUGAUGUGUGUGCAGGGGUGAGUAUUGCUACAUUAUUAACAGCUUUUCAUUUAGGGGUGAGUCACGUGAUGAAUGGCCAAAUCAGAAAAAUGAAGGAGUGAAGAUGCAAGCUUUGCCAAGUGAUGAAGUGAACAAGGUUUUGUAUCUGUUUUUUUAUCAGGUGUAAAAUUUAUGCAUGGCUUUUUUUGUUGUUGCUUAGUAAUUGGCAGAGGAGAAAACAUGAAGGAAAAAAACCUCAGCUUUGCUAACCAAUCUUUUCAGAGGUACAUAGUUGAGGAGUAAAAUCUGACUGGCCUAACGUGUUGAAAGAUCCUAUUCUUUAUAAUAUUCACCCCAUCCUGCAGUCCUCCAUGUAGAGGAACUAAAUGGUUGUAUUCUAGUAAUUCACUGUGAUUUAUAACAAACCAGUGAUGUCAUUCUGUUGUGCACUUUUGUCAAACCAUUUACGUGACUUUAAUAAACUUAGUAAACUUGCUGACUG